UGUUCAGACGAACAGGCAUAGCAAGUCACUGUCCAAAGCAGCACCAUCCGGAAUAUCGUCCUCUUUCGCCCAUCUGUCUUCUCAAAGUCGUCGCUUCUUUCCUGCAUUCCAGGGACGCCGAGGAAGGAGGGCAUCGCAUUCUGGCCCAUGGGCUCUGCAGUGAGCGUGCGGAAGCGGAUCAGCCCCUCCGACUCAGGGAGAGGUGGGGCCAAGGAAAGAACUGUUUUCAUUAUUUUGGACAAGCCCCGGAAGGGCCUCUAAGCGCCCCCCUUGCACAUUGCUGGAGUGGCGUGUGCUGACUGCUGACUGCUGCUGAUUUUUCAAGUCGUUUUGAGAGGUUUGAAUGGCUCAGAUGUUGAACAGUGAUGUUUCUGACCAUAGGCUAAAUGUGAAAGCCAUAAUUAAAAAUAUGAAUACAAUUUCUUUGGAAUUGAAGAAAAUGAAAGAGCACUCCCAGUUACUGCUCUGUGACCUUACUCUACAUUUUAAUCACCCUGUGAAGACAGACGACUCCAAGGAAACAGAAAGCAACAAGCCCCUCUUUGAAGAGUUUAAACUGUCAGAUGUAUCCCUUACUUCUAACCGUUUUUCUUCCUAAUUUCUUACUUAUCUGUCUUGAAUUUAUAACUAUGUAUUGUUGAAUUAACAAGUAUCUUGGAGAACUGA